AUGGCGCUACGUGCACGGGGCACGGAGCUGACGUUUUUGGCUUCGCCAUGGGUGUCGACGCAGAUCUACACGGUCAUUCUUUCGGCGUUUUUCUUCGGAAUUACGGUCGCUGUGACCGCAGCCACUUUGUUUUUCCUGUUACGUAAUGGCCUGUCCCGCCGAUCACCCAAGAUUCAGCUCGUAUCAGUACUGCUCCUCUUCGUCUCAACGCUGCUGUUCUUCCUCUUCACAACGGUGUACGACAUCUUCAUCAGCGACGGCACCGUCUGGUGGAGAGCGUGCUGCGUGCUGUGGCCCGGAAACAUCUGGGUUCGGUGCGUCUGUUUCCUGUCUCUCGCGUCAACGCUGGGGUUGGGCCUGGUGGAGACGUACAAGUCUGCUCUUCCAUUCCCGGACACGCAAGCGUACGAUUACACUGCCCAACUAUACGCUCGGGACCGCUUUGGGACCGCCGCGUUCACCGUGUCGUUGGCGAACAACGUGAUCGCGACCGCGCUCAUCGCGUUCAAAGCCUGGCGACACGCGCGCAUGCUGAAGGCCGCGCUGGGGAGCGGCAGCAGGAAGUCGCGCGCGCUCAGGAUCCUCUCACUGCUCAUCGAAUCCGGCGCGGUCUACUGCGCGUUGGGGCUCUUCAUUUUCAUCUCUGCUGUCAGCCGCUCCGCCGUCGCGGACGACACGAGCGUCCCGGUGGUCGGGUACACAACGAUCACCAGCGUCCUGCUCAGGGGGUGCCUGGUCUACGUCAUCGGCCUGUACCCGAUGCUGAUCACCGUGAUCGUCAGACACAAGCACUCGCAGCUCGCGAACUGCCACCCCGACAGGACCGGGGCCGGAGACUCGAUAGUGUUCGCCUGGCCGGCGGCGGCGGACUCCAAGGCGAGCGCCGCGCACGCGGUGAUAUCGCUAUCCCCUGUGGGGUUGGAAGCUUCCAGAGAAGAGGGACACUCGAAGUGUGGCUCUGCGGGGGAGCUCGUGCUUCCGAGGCCCUGCUCUACGUACGUCUCGGCGAUGUCGGGGGAGAGGGUGCUCGACUUGCGAAGGCGACAGGACCAGUUUGAUGCUUGA